AGUGGCUUUACCGUAGAUUCCCGGAUGUGCCCGGACGCUAGAUGUGCCCAGACCGCAGAAAGACAUAGCUAAAGGAAAAAAACACAGCAGCUUGCUCUGUAGAGCCUUUCCAAAGGGCUUUUCCAGGAAUCGAAUCCCCGGGGAGGCACCAACUUGCACCUCCUGGACCAAGAUGGAUAUUUGGGCAAGGCUUGGACAGGGGGGGAAAACACCCAUUUCUGAAGAUUUCUGGCUCUUCUCUAUGAACCGCAGCUUCGUUUUUUAUCCCCAGUACAUGGAAAAGGAGAGCCCGGUAAUUUUUAAAACAAAAAUGACUUCAAUGUGGCAACGUGCUGCCCCUGGGGAUGGUGGUAACUCCCCUCUGCUGGAGACCAACCUUUAAUGACCAGGACAAGCAGCCGCCAACACCUCCGUACCGUUCCUCCUGGCUGGGCAGAGCCGGACCCCGGCACAGGCGGCAUUGAACGGGUCGGAUGCAGGUUUUCACGCCUGGAUUAAUACUGGUUUUCGGCAGGUGGGGGGAGACAGGGAGACAGGGAGAAGUCGAUUCCUGCAUCAAGUUUGGCACCCGGCACCCGUAUUCCCACGGAGCGUUGGUCCGCAAACGCCUGGAGGACGGGAAAGGCAGAUUUAAGCAAGGGCGUGGAAUCCCAGAUGUAGAGGAUAUUGCACGGAGACAAAAAAUAAAAGCAGUUGCCCUCCCAGAUCCCUGGCAAUGAAGGCAAAAUUGCUGCAAAAAAAAAAACCAAACCCCGCACAAACCCUAAAGCCCCCAGAAGGCGCAGAUGUUGAAGAUGUUGAAGUUGGGGAUGGACAACUUGAUUUUUCCUACGUCCCGGUGGUCUGAUACCUAGAGACCAUCACUGCGUGAGACCAGGUCUCCGCUGGCGUGAAACGUCCCAUCCUCUCCAGAGGUCUCUUUGCAUCCCGUCAUGCCUUUCUGCUCCCAAAGUCGAUCGGCGGCGCCCAAAAUACAUUUUAACCUGGGAGCUACAGAGCGUUUGGCAGUAGGCGUCGAUGCGAUGGUUGCAAGAGCAGCUUUCUCUCAAGGCAAUCCGGGCUCCCGCACCCACCGGCGCCCGUGACUUUCCUCUGCGGCCCCAUCCUCUGAUUUCUCAGCGUUUUCCGGGGAGCUCAAGCUCACUCCGAGCGGUGGGACCAUGCUGGAGGAUGAGGACGGGAUGAGCGAGAGGGGGCUCAGCAGCUCCAGGAGGAGAUACGACGAUGAGGAAGAUUACCACUCCAUCUACAUCGGGGUGCCGGUGCCCCGGGGCUACCGGAGGAAACGGCGUCGGCGAAGAUCUGCCUCCAGCCGGGACAGGACCAGCGAGAGCGAGCGGCACUACGAGCGCCAGGAUCGCUCCGACACCGACGACGGUGGCCACGGCUGCUACGAGAGCGGCAACGACAACGCCAGCAGGACCAUGUCACCGGCUGCCGAACGCCUCCGCUACAUCCUGGGGGAAGACGAUGAGGCCCCCAACCCCACGCUCUUCACGGAGAUGGACACGCUGCAGCACGACGGCGAGGAGAUGGAGUGGAAGGAGUCGGCCAGGUGGAUAAAGUUUGAAGAAAAGGUGGAGGAAGGCGGGGAGAGGUGGAGCAAGCCCCACGUGUCCACGUUGUCUUUGCACAGCCUCUUUGAGCUGCGGACGUGUCUGCAGACGGGAACGGUGCUCCUGGACUUAGAUGGCUACUCUUUGCCCCAAAUUAUAGAUGAUGUCAUUGAGAAGCAGAUCGAGGACGGUCUGCUCAAGCCGGAGCUGCGGGAGAAGAUAAGCUACGUGCUCCUCAGGAAGCACCGUCACCAAACCAAGAAGCCAAUCCACCGGUCCUUGGCCGACAUCGGAAAGUCCGUCUCCUCUAACACAACCCGCAGCCCCGUCCGGAGCCCGGCCGCCGGCGCCGCCUUCCACCGCUCCACCGAAGACCUGCGGAUGCGGCAGAGUGCGAGCUACGGCCGCCUGCGUCACGCGCAGAGUCGGAGCAUGAACGACAUCUCGGACACGCCGAGCACCGACCAGCUGAAGAACAAGUUCAUCAAGAAGAUCCCCAAGGAUGCAGAGGCCUCCAACGUGCUGGUGGGAGAAGUGGAAUUCCUGGAGAAGCCCUUUGUGGCUUUUGUGCGGCUCCUCCAGGCGACGAUGCUGGGAGGGGUGACGGAGGUGCCCGUCCCCACCAGGUUCCUCUUUAUUCUCCUUGGUCCCGCGGGAAAAGCCAAAUCCUACAAUGAGAUCGGCAGAGCCAUCGCAACCCUCAUGGUGGACGAUCUCUUCAGUGAUGUCGCCUACAAAGCCCGGGAUAGAGAAGACCUGAUCGCUGGCAUAGAUGAGUUUCUGGAUGAAGUCAUCGUCCUGCCUCCCGGCGAGUGGGACCCCAACAUUAGGAUUGAACCACCCAAAAAAGUGCCCUCGGCUGAGAAGAGGAAGUCGGUUUUCUCGCUCAACGAAGUGGGGCAGAUGAACGGCACGGCCGGUGGGGCGGGCGCCGGGGGCGGCGGAGGUGGCAGCGACGAUGGGGAGAUGCCUGAAGUUCAUGAAAUCGGGGAAGAGCUCGCGUGGACCGGCAGGUUUUGUGGUGGCCUCUACUUGGAUAUCAAGAGGAAGCUGCCCUGGUUCCCGAGUGACUUCUAUGAAGGCUUUCAUAUCCAGUCCAUCUCCGCCAUCUUGUUCAUCUACCUGGGCUGCAUCACCAAUGCCAUCACGUUCGGGGGCUUGCUUGGGGAUGCUACAGACAACUACCAGGGCGUCAUGGAGAGUUUCCUCGGCACGGCGAUGGCAGGCUCCAUGUUUUGCCUCUUCGCCGGGCAGCCGCUCAUCAUCCUCAGCAGCACCGGCCCCAUCCUCAUCUUCGAGAAGCUACUCUUCGAUUUCAGCAAAGGCAACGGCAUCGACUACAUGGAGUUUCGCCUCUGGAUCGGCUUGCACUCUGCCCUACAGUGCCUUAUCCUGGUGGCCACCGACGCCAGCUUCAUUAUAAAGUACAUCACCCGCUUCACGGAGGAAGGCUUCUCCACCCUCAUCAGCUUCAUCUUCAUCUACGACGCCAUCAAGAAGAUGAUCGGAGCUUUUAAAUACUAUCCCAUCAAUUCCGACUUCAAACCGGACUACGUGACCAUGUACAAGUGCGAGUGCAUCGCUCCCGACCCAGCCAACGCGACCUUGUUCGAUGCUUCAGCUCCAGUGGCGCCAAACACCACUAACGUUUCUCUGUACAAUGCUAUUAACCUAACAGCUCUGGACUGGACUCAGCUGAGUAAGAAGGAGUGUCUCAAAUACGGCGGCAGCUUAGUGGGAAAAUCCUGUAAAUUCGUGCCCGACCUGGCCCUCAUGUCCUUCAUCCUCUUCUUCGGCACCUACUCCAUGACUUUGACCCUGAAAAAAUUCAAAUUCAGCCGCUAUUUCCCCACCAAGGUCAGGGCUUUCAUUGCCGAUUUUUCCAAUGUCUUCUCCAUCCUCCUCUUCUGCGGAGUGGAUGCCUGUUUCGGACUGGACACCCCCAAGCUCCAUAUUCCCAGUAUCAUCAAGCCCACCCGCGUGGACCGAGGGUGGUUCGUGUUUCCCUUCGGCAAGAACCCGUGGUGGGUUUACCUGGCGAGCGCCCUGCCCGCCCUCCUCGUCACCAUCCUCAUCUUCAUGGACCAGCAGAUCACGGCCGUCAUCGUCAACAGGAAGGAGCACAAGCUGCGGAAAGCCGCGGGCUACCACCUGGACCUCUUCUGGGUGGGCAUCCUCAUGGCCGUCUGCUCCUUCAUGGGGCUGCCCUGGUACGUGGCGGCCACCGUCAUCUCCAUCGCCCACAUCGACAGCUUGAAGAUGGAGACGGAGACCAGCGCCCCGGGGGAGCAGCCCCAGUUCCUGGGCGUCAGGGAGCAGAGAGUGACGGGCAUCAUCGUCUUCGUGCUGACGGGGAUUUCCGUCUUCCUGGCCCCCAUCCUGAAGUACAUCCCCAUGCCGGUGCUGUACGGCGUCUUCCUGUACAUGGGCGUCGCGUCGCUGAACGGCAUCCAGUUCUGGGACCGCUGCAAGCUCUUCCUCAUGCCGGCCAAGCACCAACCCGACUACGUCUUCCUCCGGCACGUGCCGCUGCGCCGCAUCCACCUCUUCACGCUGGUGCAGAUCAUCUGCCUGGCCGUCCUCUGGAUCCUCAAAUCCACCGUGGCCGCCAUCAUCUUCCCCGUCAUGAUUUUAGCCCUGAUCCUGGUGAGGCGGCUGCUGGAUUUUGUCUUCUCCCAACACGACCUGGCCUGGAUUGACAACAUCAUCCCCGAGAAGGAGAAGAAGAAAGAGGAUGACAAGAAAAAGAAGAAAAAAGGCAACAAAGGAGACAGCAGCAGCGAUGAAGAGGAAAGAGGUCCUCCUCCUGGAGCUCUGCGUUCUGAUUCCUCCCCCAACGGCUCAGACAUGGAUCGCAGCAUUACGCUUCACCUGAAGAUUUCGUGCCCGUCGUCUCCCGCAUUUAACUAUUCCCGAAACCCCAUCUGCGCCGUGCCCCAGGUGAAGAUCGAGAUGGAGUCGGACUACGAGGACACCGACACCGAAAAACCCCCUCGGGACAUGGGCAGUGAGACCACGCUAUAGUCCCGCGCAGCGCUUCCUCUGUGAUUUAUAUAUAUAUAUAGAUAUUUAUAUAUUCAUAUAUAUAUAUAAAGCAAAUUGGGCUUAUUUUUCUAUGUGAGACGGAGGAGACCAGUGGCCCCAGGGGUCCGUUGCUCCGGUAGUUUUUAGCGUCACGAGUUAAACGCGUUGUUGAA